CGCGAUCUGCCGGACUACUUUUUCAUUCGCCCUCAUGUCACGAACACAGCUAGACCGACACUUUUCCGCUCUGUGGGUACCGCCAGUGUGAUGGAAUAGUUUGUGGCCUAACGGCUUUGCACCGUAAGGUGCCAGCACCUUUAAUCAUCAAAAUGGAGUUUCCAGGCUUUAACGCCUCCUUGCCUGCCCGCACAUCGGCAAGACUGAUUCUUGUGGAUCAUUCUCAUCAGACCAGUCCAUCAACUCAUUCAUCUAAAUCGGCAGAGCCAUACGCAAAGCAUGGAUGCCAAUUGGGACCUCGAUUCGCUUGGGGAGUACUGCUCCUCCAAGCUCAUCCAAGACUAUGAGCUGGGCGGAUUUGAAGAUGCAGGCAACCUAGACUGGCUGGACGAGAAGGUGGACUUGUCCGCCUGGACCCAGCUAGACUUCCCGUAUGACCUGACCCCAGUGAUGUUGGAUGACAGCGACUUCCAGGCGGCCAUCCAACCUGACCAGUCCAGCAACUGCAGCUCGGCCCUCAAAGCCAGUGGCUCUUGGGAGAGCCAAGCCGCAUCCCCCUAUUCCCCUGAAUUCCUGUCCCCUCCACUUUCACCGACUCACUCUCCCCCGACGCCCACUGCAGUCGUCCCGAACGUCGACAUCUUCAUCAACUACGACGCCAAGCACCUUCACAAUGCUGGAGCGAGCAUUACAGACCGUGCUGAUGACCCUGACAUAGCAUCGAGCACGAAUUCCCUCUCUCCUCCUUUGACUCCGUCGCACUUGGACGUCCCGCUUGCGUCAACGGUCGUAGAAGUCCCGUAUGCACUUGCAUCAGCGUCGGCUUCACCGUCUUACUCUGCAGGCUACAACAGUCCCGCCGGGUCUCCGGUCACAAUUUCGGAGACCUGCGUUGCAACUUGUGCAUCGCCUGUCCCAUCGAUGGAAGAAGAGAUACUCAGUGACAUCAAAUCGGAGCCAUCAUCGCCCUCCUACCUACCGGCCAGCCGGGUUGGGUCUCCGAUCGAUUGCAUUGGAGCCGUCAGCUCACCGGUUGCAAGCACAAGCACUUGCGCGAAAUUUUCGGCCGCCGGCAACGCCGACAUUCUCUCGCCAGUUGAGCCAAGCUCACCGGAAAGUUGCCUCUCGGCACCUUCUUCAUUGCCCGGUCCGGAACAGUUUGCAGAGAGCCCUUUGCCACACGCAAGCGCAGACAGCGAAGACCAUGACCUCCACGAUGGCGGCGACGAUCCCAUGGACGCCGACUUCGCACCCGAGGCCAGCGGGUCCGAUUCGGAGUCUGCACACGACUCUGCGGCAGAGGAGCCGCCUCGCAAAAGGAAGCGGACGGUCAAACGUCGGCCCCGGGCAAAGGCUGACGUGAGCAGUCGCCGAGAGAGGAAGCGCCUGCAGAACAAGGAUGCAGCAACACGCUAUCGUCAGAAAAAGAAGCAGGAGGUCAGCAAGUUCGAGGAAGAGCUCGAGGAGCUCACUGCGACCAACGUCAACCUCAAUCAUGAGGCACAGCGCAUCUCGAAUGAAAUUUCUUACCUCAAGGGGCUGAUGCGAGACCUCUUCAGAGCGAAGGGGCUCAUCAAGUGAAGCCAGGCACACUUCAUAAUAUGCACAUGAAGUGCAUUUAUUUCAGAAAUGCUCACCGAGGUGUCUUUUGGCAUGAACACCACCAAAGUAAGGCAGUAACAAAGGUCUAAUAGGAUCAGUUAAUUUCUGUUGCAGCUGACCACACUGGUGCACCUGCUAGUUGCGCUGGAAUAGGUAGUUUGCGCUAAGCAUAAUCUCUAUUGCUAACGUUACCUUGUGACGCAAUAGAAAAUCAGUACUUACAGUGAAACGUCAAAUGAGAUAAAACUGUUUUGAAGCAUGUUGCAGCUUCUACAGAAAUUUAACGCAUUCGAUAUCUCGGUGCCUGCUCUGUGGCUAGUGUAUUUAGUAGCUGACGGGUUUGGCUCGUGCAAUCUCUUGUCGCAGCUUUCCCAAUGUGUAGUUUGUGGCUUAGACGUGGUAGAUGAUGAAGUUGUAUGUUCGUGUUUCGACUGUUGGGCACUGUAUAACUUUCCUUGUUUACAUACACCAUGACUUAACCUACAUACUAAUUUACAUAUCUCAUUCCUGUAUUCUUUUUCUUUUUUUCAGAAUGUCUAUUUAUGUACCCUCCAUUUUAUGUUUGUAUUGCAUGCAUAAGUAAAAAAAUAAAGGCAUGCACUCGAUAAAGA